AUGGUUGAAGUAAAAGAAGAAGAAAAGGGAGACCAUCGGGCGGAUGGCGAUCGUCAAAGUGAAAGUUCGUGCGCCACGGCCACGGCUACACCAACGGCAACGAAUGAAGUCGACCAGGCAAUUAAGCAAGCACUGCGUGUUUCGAAUACUUCGUUCCAUGGUCUCAUGGCUUUGCCGAUGAGUUUUUUCACUCCAUAUUCCGAGAGGGAGACAUCAAGGGACACCAGCAAGAAUGGAAGUGGCUGUGAUGAAGAGGAUUUUCGUCUGUGCAGCGCUCCCUCGUCAACGGCAGAGGUUCAAUCUCCGAAUGUAUGUCAUGCUGGCGGCAAUGCUGGAUCCAUUUCUGAACAUAUUCCUGAUCUUGAGUUGGAUUCGCAGGGCAGCGUAUCCAAGGGUCGUGUUCGAAAGAGAAGGGAUCGUCCACUUAGUUUGACAAAAAGUGGUGUGGCUAGAAAAGGACGGAAGACGUACACAGAGAGGGAUCUGCAAGUUCUUGAAGAAUUCUAUACACGCGAUCCAUUCGCGUGUGCUAAUGCGGAUAAACGUCAAACACUUUGUCACAUGUUGGAUAUCGACCCAUAUCGGGUGAGUGUUUUCGGAGCACUGCUUUUACAGUGUCACUACACGUAUGCUACCGUAUGGAGGGGCCAAAUUACCCUUUUCGGUUGGCGAAUAUUGCCGUGA